AUGUGGCAGAGACGACACGUCAUCAACCUGAAGGCUCAUGAUUCUCCUCACGCCAUGAGGGUAAAGCCUGUCGAAGAUAGGGACAAGCGAGGUCGCGCCAGGCCAAGGAUUCUCCUCCACGCGACUAUGGGCACGGCGGGUGACACCCUGGUUCGCCUUUGGUGUGGUUCAUGUUACAUGCUUAUCGUCUAA